AUCUCUGUUCGUAAAACAUCUGUGUGCUUGCAGUAGUUUACGCUUAGCGCUGUGCUGGCUGAGAGCUAGCUCUAGUAGUUUCGUUUCCAGAUGGAGGAUUCGGUGGGCGAGGAAGAGAGGAGGGAACAGGGGGAGACCGUGGCGCAGGCGAAAGCGCAUCAAGAAGUAGAAGCAGGUGGUGGCGGCGGCGGCGAGCCAGGUCAGGAGGGCGGGUUCCUGAGCGCCGUGGCGUCCAAGAUCGGCACGGUGAUGUCCAGAACAAAUGGGAGCGGCGGCGAGGUCAAUGCGACCGCGGCGUCUAAUGGCGAGGAGAUGAAGGAGGAGAAGAGAGACAGUAAUGGCGGCGCAGGAAUCUUCCAUAAGCUCCUGUCCAGCUCGCCCCUUGCUUCGUCACAAGCCUUAGGAGCAAUGGAAACACAGGAGGUGAAAGGGGAAGGGAGAGACCAGGACGCGGAAGGCGAGCGAGCCGGGAUUAUGAGCGAUAUGGCCUCCAAGAUCGGCAUGGCCAUCUCUGGCGCCAAUGGCCAUGGGAACCACAGCAGCGAGGACGACGCCAAGAUGAGCAAUGGAGACGCUGUUGAUGGCAGUACGGAUGACAAGGAGAUGGUGGUGGGAUCCUGA